AUGAGCUACAAAUAAUAAAAAGAUGUGGAAGCCCAAAUUCAAUCUUAAUUAUCUAUAGAUGACUUGACGGAUUUAUUCAAGCUGAACUCUAUCAAUGAUGGCUCAAGCAUGUAAAAAGUAAAACAAUUAGGAGAUGAUUUUGGGAUAGCAAGGAAAUUAAACACAGAUCUAAAAAAAGGAUUCUAAGAUAAAAGUGCAAUUGAGAAGUCAAAGUAACUUUAUGGGGACAAUUUACCUGUUGAGAAAGAGCCAACAACAUUAUGUGAAUUGAUUUUAGAGUGUUUGGAGGACACUAUGCUACAGAUUUUAUUAAUAGCAGCUUUGGUUUCUACAGUAAUUGGUAUGAUCAAUGAAGGAGUAAAAACAGGAUGGACUGAAGGAGCAACGAUUUUCUUUGCUAUAUUCUUGAUCAUUUCAAUAACAGCGGGAAACAAUUACUUAAAGGAAAGACAAUUUAGAUAAUUACGUAGGAAGCUCGAUGAUGGAAAGUGUUAGGUAAUUAGAGAUGGUAAAGUAACAGAAAUACAAACAAAGGAUAUAGUCGUUGGAGAUUUAUUAAUCUUCAACUUAGGUGAUUUGUUUGGAGUGGAUGGCUUGAUGGUUUAAGGAAGUGCAGUUAAAAUUGAUGAAUCCCCUAUGACAGGAGAGAGUGAUGAGAUAAAGAAGUUACCUUAUAUUGAGAUGGCAUAAUAACCGCAUAAUUAAUUAAAUGUGAAUCAAGAGGCAGCGAGAGGACAUGUGAGUCCAUUUUUAAUAUCAGGCACAAAAUGCCUUGAUGGAACAGGAUAAAUGAUUGUAUUAGCAGUUGGUUAAAACACAGUAUCUGGAAAGUUGAAAUAAUUAUUAAUUCAAGAGAAUCCUCCAACUCCUUUGCAAUAGAAAUUAGAAGGAGUUGCUUCAGACAUAGGUAAAUUGGGUGUUUUAGUAUCUAUUUUAACAUUCAUUGCUUUGAUGGGACAUUUAGGAUAUGAUUGUUAUUUGGGUAAAUUUCCGUUUCUGAGUAUAAAGACCUUACAAAUCAUAGUGGAAUCUUUCAUGAUUGCUGUAACAAUAAUUGUGGUGGCAGUACCAGAGGGAUUACCAUUGGCUGUUACAAUUGCAUUAGCAUAUUCGGUGGGUAAAAUGAAGGAUGAAUAGAAUUUGGUUAAGAAUUUAUCAUCAUGCGAAAUAAUGGGUGGAGCUAAUAAUAUUUGCAGUGACAAAACAGGAACACUAACAUAAAACAUAAUGUAAGUUGUUGCUUUGUGGACUGAAAAUUAACCAUUUAGAGAUUAGAAAGAUACAAUUGAGCUCAUGUGCGAAAGUAUUUGCUAUAAUUCAAACGCUUUUCCUGAAAAGGAUCCAUAAACAAAUAAAUGGGUUCAAAUAGGUAAUAAGACAGAAUGCGCUUUGUUGGAAUGUGCAGAUAAUUUUGGAUAUAAUUUUAAUCAAUUUAGACCAAGUGAUAAAGUAUUAAGGUAGCUUCCAUUCAAUAGUAAGAGAAAGAAAAUGAGCACAGUUAUUUACAAUUAAAAAUCACAAUAUAUUAGAGUCUAUACUAAAGGUGCCUCUGAAAUUAUAUUGGCGUAAUGCAAUAAAUACAUUGGAAACAAUGGUAUUGAAUAAAUGUUAGACCCAUAAUUGAGAAAGUAAAUCUAUGAUAAUAUUAUCCAAAAAUUUGCAUCAGAUUCUUUGAGAACAAUAGCCAUUGCUUAUAGAGAUCUUGAUCCUUAAUCACAUGGAUCAAAUGUUAGAGGAUAGAUUCCAUAAUUGACUAAAGUAGCAUAAAAUAUUCCUGAAGAUGAUUUAGACAAGGAUCUAGUAUUGAUUGCUAUUGCAGGUAUUAAAGAUCCUAUCAGACCUGAUGUGCCUAACUCAAUUAAAUAAUGUCAUGCCUCUGGUGUCAAAGUCAGAAUGGUGACUGGAGAUAACAUUCUUACUGCUACUGCUAUUGCUAAGGAAUGUGGAAUCUUGCCAACAAAUAGAGAAAUAGGUGAAUGGGAAGUGGUAGAAGGGAAAAAGUUUAGAGAAUUUGUUGGAGGACUAAAAGAUGAAUAAGUUGAUGGAAAAACAGUGAAAGUUGUUGGCAAUAAAGAAAAUUUCGCCAGAGUCAGUAGGGAUAUGAAAGUUAUGGCUAGAGCAUCUCCAGAAGAUAAAUACAUACUUGUUACUGGUUUGAUUGCUGAAGGGAAUGUUAUUGCAGUCACAGGAGAUGGUACUAAUGAUGCUCCAGCUCUAAAGAAAGCAGAUGUUGGAUUUGCUAUGGGUAUUACAGGAUCGGAUGUUGCUAAGGAUGCUGCUGAUAUCAUUUUAUUAGAUGAUAAUUUUAGCUCGAUCAUUACAGCUAUGAAAUGGGGUAGAAACAUUUAUGAUUGCAUAAGAAAGUUCAUUUAAUUUUAAUUGACUGUCAAUUUGGUUGCUUUGUUUAUGUCAUUUUUGGGAGCUGUAGUUCUUAAAGAAUCUCCCUUGAACACCAUAGAAAUGUUAUGGGUUCUUAUUAUGGAUACAUUUGCUUCUUUAGCCUUAGCAACUGAGCCUCCCAAUAUUACAGUGUUGGAAAGAUAACCAUACAAAAGAGAUGACAAAAUUGUAUCACCCACUAUGAACAGAACAAUAGUUGGUGGAUCUAUCUAUCAAAUUUGUGUUCUAUGUGGCAUCUUAUUCGUUCUUCCUUAAUUUAUGGAUUUGUCUAUACCUACAGAAUUGGCUGCAUAGAAAUACCAUUAAAAUGUCGUCUAAAUGAGCAUUUUCUUCUAGACCUUUGUUGUCAUGCAAGUAUUCAAUUCAAUAACUUGCAGACAAUUGGAUUAUAAGACUAUCAACCCAUUUGCAAAUGCAUGCAAUAACCCUUUGUUUUGGGCUGUCUAAACUUUUACAUUGGUUAUUUAAUGCGUGCUCAUUUAAUAUGGAGGGAAAUUUGUAAAGGUUUCUCAUUUAACUUUGCAAUAACACCUCUUGUGUCUUGGAUUUGGUCUUGGCAGCUUAAUAUUCUCAAUUCUUGUUAAGAUUGCAGUUCCUGAGCGUUGGUGUUAAUUUGUGGAGUUGUUUAGAGAAUAAGAGGUGCAAUCAGCAGAUAUGGAUACUUCUUUGACAAGUGUCCUUAGAAGAAAAUCGACUAGUAGAUUGGGUAAUUAAAGAAAGAGCAUGGACUAAUAAGGCAGCUAAGUUAAAAUGAGUGCUUAAAGAUUGCAAUGA